GGCGACCCUGCAUUACGCAGCAGCAGCCCGGACGAAAAACAGCUUCCUCUCUCCAGAACAUCACCAAGAAGAAGAGGAGCCAACGCCGACUCCUUUGACCAGGUCGCCUAUUGUGGAUCUUGUUUCGUGUCGUCAACGUCACCAUGUCAGGUCGUAGUGGAAAAACGAAAAAAACUCGAGUGUCCAGAUCGUAUCGGGCAGGUCUCCAGUUCCCGGUUGGUCGAAUGCAUCGUCUUUUGAGGAUGGGUCACUACGCCAAGCACAUCGGGGCGGGUGCCUCGGUCUACAUCGCCGCAGUCAUCGAGUAUUUGACAGCAGAGGUCUUGGAGUUGUCAGGAAACGCGGCCCAAAGCAACAAACGGUCAAGGAUCACGCCCCGACAUAUCCAACUGGCCAUUGGGAACGACGAGGAGUUGAACAAGCUGCUGCACGGUGUGACGAUCUCACAGGGAGGUGUCCUUCCUAACAUCCACGCCGUCUUGCUGCCAAAGGAAAAGAAAAAAAAGCUGAAGAAAACCGUUGACACUUCGGGGGAUGAAUCUUCAUAAAUCAAUGAUUUUCAUGCAUGGGCAGAAUGAAUUAACUAAUAAUAGCCUGGCCCGAACUGCUUAUUGACGACCAAACGAAACAACGGCCCUUUUAAGGGCCACCAAUU